AUGGCGAGUCGUCAAGAUGGAUCGUCCAUCUCCUCGAGGAGGUCCAACGGGCGUGCUAUCGGCCAGUUCGUCAUAGACAAAGAGAUAGGCAAGGGUAGCUUUGCGCAGGUUUAUAUGGGCUGGCACAAGGAAUCGAAAGCCGCCGUUGCUGUCAAAUCAGUCGAACUCGAACGGCUGAACAAGAAGCUCAAGGAAAACCUGUACGGGGAGAUUCAAAUCCUAAAGACUUUGCGGCACCCCCAUAUCGUGGCGCUUCACGACUGCCUUGAAUCUUCUACCCAUAUCAAUCUGAUCAUGGAAUACUGCGAGUUGGGAGAUUUGUCUCUGUUUAUCAAGAAGCGAGAUAAGCUGUCAACGCAUCCAGCGACGCUCGAAAUGGCUCGCAAAUAUCCUAGCGCACCCAAUUCCGGCUUGCACGAAGUCGUCAUCCGACACUUCCUGAAGCAGUUGACGAGUGCCCUGGAAUUUCUCCGAAGCAAAAACUAUGUCCACAGAGACGUGAAGCCGCAAAACUUACUACUGCUCCCGUCUCAAGCUUUCAGGAAUCAGCGAGCUCUGCCCAUAAUGACCGCGAGCCAGGACUCGUUAAUACCCGUUGCGGGCUUGGCUUCGCUACCAAUGCUCAAACUCGCCGACUUUGGCUUCGCAAGGGUAUUGCCAUCCACCUCGCUUGCCGAUACGCUUUGCGGAUCUCCAUUGUACAUGGCCCCAGAGAUACUUCGCUAUGAACGGUACGAUGCCAAGGCCGACCUGUGGUCUGUGGGCACGGUCUUGUAUGAGAUGGUGACUGGCCGCCCUCCAUUCCGGGCACGGAAUCACGUUGAGCUCCUUCGCAAGAUAGAAGCUGCCGAGGAUGUCAUCAAAUUUCCCAGAGAAGUCAUCAUCAGGCCCGAGAUGAAGAGCCUUAUCCGCAGCCUUUUAAAGCGGAGCCCUGUCGAGCGUCUCAGUUUUGAAGCUUUCUUUUCCCACCCUGUUGUCACUGGCGAUAUUCCCGGUCUUGUGGAUGACGACGUGCCCACGCCACCGAAGAGAGAGCUGCACCCCAUUCCUCAAGGCCAAGAAUUCCCCCCCUCAUCCGGGAGCACUGCUGCUCGGCGGUCCGACGCAAACGCGCCGCAGCAGCGGGGUCUGUCGCAGUCUCCGCGGGAAGCCGCCCCGACAUCACCACCACCAUCACUGAUGGGCAGUGCUGGAGAUGGCCGACACAGGAGGCAACCUGCGGAUAUGCAGCGACCUGGAAGCUCCCCCCGCGCGUCUGAAACCGGUCUCGGCAUUCAGCGACCAUUGCCUCAGCACGCCUUCUCCAUGCCGAAUCACCCCCGAGUCACGCACAGAUCCUCUCGGGAACAAGUUGCUGCACGAAGCCAGCCUGGCCGCGAAAGCUCACGACCCGGGGUCAUCAGGCAAUCAUCCAGCAGCAAACAAUUGGCGGAGCAAGAAAAAGCGGCGCAAGAUGUCAUGUUUGAGCGGGACUACGUGGUGGUGGAGCGGAGACAUGUCGAGGUUAACGCGCUGGCCGAUGAGCUUGCUGCGAAUGAGAAGUUGGCCGGGUACGAUUCGGGCCCGCGUUCGACAGCAAUGGUGAGACGCAGCACCCAGCAAGGGGCUCCAAACUCAACCACGGGGGCCAUACCGACUCCUUCCUCGCGCACUGCCCUCGUAGCACAGGGCCGAGCGGUUCAGGAUCGCAGGUCCGCGUACGAAAAGGCGCUGUCUGCCAGUCCCGGCUCAGCAUCGAGUGCCAUCUCCAAGGCCAUUCAAGAUGCGAGCCUGCGUCUGUUCGGCUUCAGAGUGGCUCCGGUUCGGGGAAACGGCCUCUCUCCACCCAUGUAUAUGCCAUUUCCAGCAUAUCCGACCCCGUCGUCCCCAGGCGGGCUCAUUGGGGAUGGGAAGAGCUCGCCGCCGGCAGAUGAAGAUGUGAGGACGAAAGAGACCAUGGCCGAAUACGCCGAGAGAAGCGAUUGCGUGUACGGCUUUGCCGAAGUCAAGUACAAGCAACUCGUCCCUUUGGCGCCCUCGAUGGAUCACGGCCUCGGCGGCGUUGCUGUCGAUCAGGUGUCACAGGACGAAGAUGACCUUACGGCUGAGGCCGUGGUCGCGCUCUCGGAAGAAGCCCUGGUACUCUACGUCAAGUCUCUCACCCUGCUAGCCCGGGCCAUGGAUAUUGCCAGCGUUUGGUGGACCAAGAAGAGCCGAGCAGAAGGCAGCAGCGGUGUUUCCGCCGUCGUCGCGGAGAACGUUGCCCAAAGCAUCAACGCAAUCGUGCAAUGGGUCCGGCAGCGAUUCAACGAGGUUUUGGAGAAGUCGGAGAUUGUCCGCAUGAAACUGACAGAGGCACAGAAGCUGUUGCCGGAGGAUCAUCCAAGUCAUCCGUCCAAUCAAGGAAUGGAAUCCGUAUUGUCUCCCUCAGGUUCCGCGACGAAUCAAGUGUUUCUCACGCCAGGCAUCAGUGCCGAGAAGCUGAUGUACGAUCGCGCCCUCGAAAUGAGCCGCGCCGCUGCCAUUGACGAAGUCACAAACGAGAACCUGCCGGGAUGCAAGAUCUCGUACGUGACUGCGGUCCGCAUGCUCGAGGCUGUGCUCGAAAACGAUGACGACGGAGCUUCUCGGCGGCUGCCUUAUGGCAAGGAGCCGGCCAGAGGCGCCGGCAGGGAGUCUGCAAGCGAUCUGGAUGGCGACGAAGAGGCUCAUGUGCGAAAGAUGAUUCACAUGAUCAAAGGCCGCCUUGCCGCAGUGGCCAAGAAGCAGCAAAUGAUUGCCAAUGCCAACAGCAAAGAACACCAAGCGCAGCUGCCUGCUGCUCGCCACGGAAGUGGCGACGUUACACCGCGCAGCGUACCAUCGCAUGGAUCAGCAUAA